AUGGAAGAUUGGCCCGAUAUCCAGGCAAGAUACUGUGCUUAGAAAACGAUGAGAAAGGUUCGUCCACGAUCAUCCUACCGUUGUUGGUUGAUGCUAUUGCAAAAUGGAAAACUUGCCGACGGCAUCGUCAAAUGGACUUUCAACAAGUUCGUCAUUGUUGGUUUGCUGUUCCUUCUGAUGCUUCACACUACCGAAGCUCUUCACAAUCCACGCAUUAUAGAGCAUCCAAUAGACACCACCGUGCCACGCCAUGAACCGGCCACACUCAACUGCAAAGCGGAAGGGAUACCCCAACCAACAAUCCAGUGGUACAAGGAUGGCGCACCGUUGAAGAUACUCCAGGGAUCGCACCGAAUAGCGCUGCCUGCCGGUGGUUUGUUUUUUCUGAAGGUUGUAAACUCCCGGAGAGAGAGUGAUGCUGGUGUGUAUUGGUGCGAGGCAAGGAACGAGAACGGAAUUGCCAGGAGUAGGAACGCCACCUUACAAGUAGCAGUACUAAGAGAAGAAUUUAGGCUCGAACCACAGCAUACACGAGUAGCACAGGGCGAAACGGUGUUACUCGAAUGUGGUCCACCAAAGGGUAUUCCUGAGCCAACGCUGUCAUGGCGAAAAAAUGGCCAAAAGCUGGAAGUGGAAUCCUCGAAACGAAUACGCAUUGUAGAUGGCGGUAAUUUAGCUAUUCAAGACGUACGACAAACCGACGAGGGACAGUAUCAAUGUAUCGCAAAAAACUUAGUAGGCGUAAGGGAGUCUGCAACCGCAUUCCUCAAAGUACAUGUUAAACCGUUUCUGAUACGCGGCCCACACGAUCAAACAGUCGUCGAAGGUGCAUCUGUUACUUUUCAAUGCCGCGUUGGAGGUGAUCCGAUGCCGGACGUUCUCUGGCGACGAUCUGCCUCGGGAGGCAAUAUGCCGUUAGAUCGGGUUCACAUUCUCGAAGAUAGAAGCCUUCGGUUAGAAAAUGUGAUACUAGACGAUGAGGGAGAGUACAGCUGUGAGGCGGACAAUGCUGUAGGGGCCAUCUCAGCAACUGGCACAUUGACCGUCCAUGCACCACCUCAUCUUUCGAUAAGACCCGUACCGCAGGUUGUUGAAGCACCGCACGACGUUUCGUUCGAAUGCAAAUCCGAAGGUCGUCCGAAACCAACGACGUUCUGGUCGAUCGAAGGUAACAGAACGCUAAUCUUUCCCGGCACGUCGUGUGAUCGGUUCGAAACGACGUACACGCAAGAAAGUCUCACCGUUUUAACGAUCGCACAAACUACCAAAUCCGACAAUGGUCUCGUGGUCGUUUGCAACGCUGUAAAUAGUGUAGGUUCGAUCAGUGUCCGAGCACGGCUAAUGGUAGCCUCGCAGGACGACCGACCGCCCCCAAUUAUUAUUCUUGGUCCAACAAACCAAACUUUACCAGCGAAAUCUACCGUAUCGAUGGUUUGCAAUGCCGUAGGUAAUCCCAAUCCUUUCAUCUCUUGGUAUUUGGAUGGAAAUCCUGUCGUACCGUCAGAACGAAUAAAUGUCACGGAAAAUGGAACGCUUUUGCUGCGAGAGCUGGAAAAAAGUACCGACCAGGGUCUGUACACCUGUGUUGCGAGCAGUCGCAGUGGAAAAUCUACGUGGAGUGCUUAUUUACGCGUAGAAUCACCCACAAAUCCAAAUGUAAAUUUUUACCGCGCACCUGAACCAUCUGAAUUUCCCAGCGCGCCAGGAAAGCCACAAAUUGUUAACAUCAACAACAGCUCCAUCACGAUAUCUUGGUUGCCGAGCAUUAAAUCCGGUGCUUCCGACAUCAACGGUUACCUGAUUGAAGUAUUUUCGAGCGAUAUGGCCAAGGGAUGGACAACGAUACCGUACAAGAUCUCAUCGACGAGCUACAAUUAUUCGCCAGUUUCUCCAAACGUCAGUUACAUUUUUAUCGUUCGUGCAGAAAACGACCAGGGUCUCGGUAUUCCAAGCCUGAUGUCGGAUCCCGUGACAAUAGGGAAAGAAUUCAAUCACGGAGAGGACAUCAAUCUAAGCGAAGCACAGGCCACCCUUUCAUCCGGUCAGGUGGUCAAUCUUCUUGAGGCUAAUGCUACCGAUGCGACAAGUGUACGGUUGGUGUGGGAGAUCGUUAACGGCCAGUAUGUGGAAGGGUUCUACAUCUAUUCGCGGAAAAUAAACUCCAAUGGAACGUACCGAACGUUGACUGUGCUGCACGGUGGAGGUGCUUCCGCGUGUACCAUAAAUGGCUUAGAGAAGUAUACCCAGUACGAGUUUUUCCUUGUGCCAUUCUUCAAAACGAUUCAAGGCCGUCCGUCGAAUUCUAGAUCCACCUGCACCCUGGAAGAUGUUCCGAUAGCGCCACCAAUAAAUCUAGAAGCAGUUCUCUUGAACACCUCUGCUGUGUACCUCAAGUGGGAUCCCCCAAGCAAUAACAGUAUAAAUGGACAAUUGAAACAUUAUCACAUCAUCAUCCGAGGCUAUGAUGUUCACAACAUAUCGAAAGUUCUCACAAACAUGACGGUCGAUGGAGAAGCACCGAAGUUACUGCUGGCAAAUUUAUCUGCGGGUGUCACUUAUUCGGUCAGCAUUGCUGCAUCGACUAAAGUCGGCAUCGGUCCGUAUAGUAUUCCUUCAAUACUAAGAUUAGAUCCACACACAAGACGACUGGAUCAUGGGUACACUAGAUAUCCAAUAAACCACGACUACUCUCACGAUAUACUGACGCAAACGUGGUUCAUUAUACUGCUUGGUUCCAUCAUUGCCAUUAUCGUCUUCCUGUUCGGUGCCAUCAUCAUUUUCCGCAGGAUACAAUUUAUGAAGCAUAGCUCGUUGAACAAUAUGCAUGGUAAUCACGCAAUCGGAACUGUUCGAAAGUUUCCUACACUACCAUUGAAUCCAAAUGGCGUGUGGAUCGAUCCGGGAGGUGGCGUAUGGCGACAAGCGACUGAUAUUACUAAGGAAGUCAUCACCGAUUAUGCUCAGGUUUCGGCAGCACCAACGCUACCACUACCAGACUAUGAACGACUGUCCCCGCUGAAUAUGCCUGACUACGCGGAAGUGGCCGGUUGUUCAUCAUUCAAAAACGAUCUGGGACAAUCGGACCCAUGCUAUGACAACUACGGUGCCUACGCUUCGACCACGCUGGUUGGCCGCUCGGUGCAACGGUUCGCCCAAAAUCAAUUCGAUGGCAAAAAUGUCUACUCAGCGCCUACUCUUGCUACAGCCGCCGCAGCAGCUCCCGGUGGAUGUCACUACAAUAAUUUCAUAAAUCAACAACAUCAGCAGCGCCACCAGCAGCAACUUCAAGCACAGUACGGUCUCCGCGGACCACCGCAGCAGAUCCAUGCUCAGAUACAGUCGCAACCGCACCAGCAACAAAUCGGAGUGCAUGAUAAACGGGAGCGAGACGCAAACGGACGGCCAAUCGCUGGUGGUGGUGGUGGUGGAGGCAGCGGUGGUAGCAUGAAAAGCCAGAAAAUGAACAUCAUCGAAAAUCGGAUGGCCGACAUGUUGAACAAUUUGAAUCAAUGCUCGUCGACGGGCCCUACGGCAAGCUACAGUACCGGUGGCAUGGGUGGCAUGGGAUCAUCAUUGUACGGUGGCUCAACGGUAAGUAAUCUCAAUAGUGGCAGCCACUGUAGCUUACUUCCGGCAGGCCAACCGAUGGCAGCCUCGUCAACGCUGACGAUGGAUGCGAUGAACGGUUUGUCUGGGAGUGGUCCAGGAGGUGGUUGCGAACCGGGCGGUAGCAGCAGUGUGCCGCAUACACCGCUUUUUGGCACGAUUAAACGAACGACCAAGUACAACAAAAUAGGCUACAAUAAGGAUAAUAAACUCAAUUUUGGCGAUAAUGGUCGAUCGGUUGAACAGCCGCUGUUCGUCAAGUCGAAGUACGACGGUACCUGGUCGUCCGUGCCGAGCUCAGUGACGACGUCGUCGGCAACCAGCAUCAACAUGAUUAAUAAUUCGCCAUAUCAACAGCAGCAGCAGCAGCAGCAGCAGCAGCAUCAUCAUCUACUUCCGCACAGCGGCCAUCUGCAUCAGCAACAGCAGCCUUUGACGACACCAGGUCCACCGCCUCCGCCGCCUCCACCUCCACAGCCCGCAGCAUCUCAACAAGCGCCUUCAGUAGUUCAUCACUUCCCUCUGGGUCCUCACCACCCAACGUCCGUUCCGUCGUUCUAUGUCGGAAAAGAAUCAUCCCGAUCGCCAUCUCGCGUUUCACCAACGAAGCACGGCAUGCAAACAAAUAAUUUAGAUAAUCAUCCAAUACAGGAGUGCAACAAUGGAGCCAACACAAUCACUAAUGGCCAGGAAGCGUCUACUGGUUUCACGGGCAACACGCAUCAUCCGUUGCAGCCAAAACCAAACUAUUUGAUGGGUAGUAUGAAAACGGACGAUGUAUAA